AUGGCUACGUCGUGAAGCUGCUCGUCAGGAGAGGAAGAAAGAAGAGUCUGUGCGCGAGUGACUGAAAGUGAGGCGUGAUGACGCAUCCCCCUGCCCCCCUGCUGCGAUAUGAUUGGCCGAUGCAUCCAGGCAGGAAGUGCAGGGUGCGGCCAUUUUGCCAUUUGAUUGAAAACGACAUCACGAAUGCCGAAGGGUUCAGCUUUGCGUACGACACAUUCCAAAACCCCGAAAACAGGUGUUGGGAGGGUGGCAAUGGCCACCCCUGACCACCACCUAGCACCGCCCCGAGAGAGGACGAGGACGACGGGCUUUCGGAGCGCCCGCUUCCCGGCGUCUGCAAGCAGGAGAGGACGCCGCCGCAGACAGACAUCCUUCCUCCAUCCUCCGCGGAGACUCCAAGAAGCGUCGGUAAGGGGUUUGCGAGGAGACGACCGAGGAGUGGGGGGGUUCCUUCUUUGGAUUUUACCCGGGGGUGAGGGAGGAAAAAAAUAAAUAAAAACAAGGGAGUCUUAGAAGAUCCCACAAGUGGCCGAGCGAUGGUUUAGCGUUGCCACCGGUUCGAAUCUCUGCCGCCCGCACGACCCGCCAGCAAAAAUCCAUCAUCCCAUCCACAUCGGCGGACGCGACCUGGAGGGAGAUGGAGGCUAUCUUCCGGCUGGCGUUGCUGCUGCACGUCGGCCUCGCCAUCGCGGCGGCGGUGCACGGAGGCGGCGCGGCGCAACUCCGCGGCCGCCGGCUGGCGCACCUCCGCGGCGACAACGAGGAGCGCCAGCGCCUCCCCGCCGCGGUCGCCGACUUCCUGCACACGGGCGACUCGAGCGCCCUGGAGCAGGCCAAUUGCUCGCGCAGGUUCGAGCUGCUGCGCGGGGGGAGGUCACCUGAGAGCCCGCAUCGCUCCGCGCUGGAUGCGGUGCUGCACGCCGCCAACUUCCUCAGCUUGGUGCUGCAAGCCAACAGGUCCAGGGAGCAAAGCGUGCGGCGAGACGCGGAGUGGUACCAUGCCCUGGUGCGGAGCCUCCUCCUCGGGGAGCAGAAGAUCCACCGGGCCGUGGUCGCCUUCUCCUCGGACGGGCCCGGGGUGCACCUCCAGGCCACGAGAGCCGGAGGUGAGAUCGUGCUCCAGGACCUCUCCGGCCUGCACAACCGCUCGAGGGACGGCGAGUGGUACCACGGCGUCAAGCACAGGAGGAAGACCACCUUCCAGAAGAAGAUGCUGAGCCAGGAUUUCGCAGCCGUGCACGACUCCCUGAGGAGAGGCGAAAGUUUGAUCCCGGACAAGACGCACGUCAAGUGGUCGGCGCCCUACCUGGAGUGCGACAAUGGGAACUUUGUCCCUCGCUGGUUGUUGACGCUGUCGGCUGCGUUCUACGGUCUCAGGCCCAAUAUGGCUCCGGAGUUCAGGGGCGUGGUGCGAGUGGACAUUAAUCUCCAGGAUGUUGAUAUCGACCAGUGCGCCACUGAUGGCUGGUUUGCUGGAACCCACGGCUGCAACCUGACCACUAUGGAGUGCUUGCCGACGCCUGGCCACGGCUUCGUCCUGGACAAGUACAAGUGUCACUGCAAAAAAGGCUUCUACCACCCCGACCGAUUGGCCGUCACUGGCUUUACAAGGGCUGGCGGGCCAAACGUGGGCGAGUCACCCUCCAGCGACUGCCUGCCGUGCCGGCCGGGCUGCGCCUACUGCAAGGACGACACGCCCUGCGCGGCCCAUGAGGACGAAACGCUGCGCACCGCCGUCAUCUCCUUCCAAAGCCUCUGCAUCCUGGUGGUCUUCGUCGGCAUGGUGCUGGUGUACCACUUCCGAAGGAACAAGAGUAUCCGAGCGUCGGGGCUCGUCCUGCUGGAGGCCAUCUUGUGCGGAACGCUGCUUCUCUAUUUCCCGGUGGGGAUCCUCUACUUCCAGCCCAGUGUGUUCCGCUGCAUCCUGCUGCGCUGGGUUCGACUGCUGGGCUUCGCCACCGUCUACGGAACGCUCACCCUCAAGUUGUACAGGGUCCUGAAGGUUUUCUUGUCGCGCACGGCUCAGAGGAUUCCCUACAUGACCAGCUGGCGGGUUCUGCGUCUGCUGGCCAUCAUCCUCCUGGUAGUCUGCUGGUUCCUGGUAGCCUGGACGUCGGCCGUGUGCCAAGUCGCCGACAGGAAGUUGGCGCUGAUCGACGUUGGCUACACGCCCAACGGGCUGCAGUUCAGCAUGUGCCUGCUGGAUCGAUGGGACUACAUGAUGGCCGUCGCCGAGUUCCUGUUCCUGCUAUGGGCGGUGUACCUGUGCUACGCUGUGAGGACGGUGCCGUCCGCCUUCCACGAGCCUCGCUACAUGGCCAUCGCCGUCCACAACGAGCUCGUCCUGUCGGCCAUCUUCUACGUUAUCAGGUUCACGCUGGCUCCGGAGCUUCAUCCCGACUGGAUGCUUCUGCUCUUCUUCACGCACACGCACCUGACCGUUACGGUCACACUGGGCCUGCUGCUCAUUCCCAAGUUCCUGUUCGCUGGCACGCAAAUGCGAGACGACAUUGCCUCGGAGGCGUACGAGGACGAGCUGGACAUGGGUCGCUCGGGCUCCUACCUAAACAGCAGCAUCACGUCGGCGUGGAGCGAACACAGCCUGGACCCCGAAGACAUUCGGACGCCAGAGGAAACGGGCCCUCUCAGUUCUAUUAAUGGCUGUGGCGUAAGAUCAUGCGACAGUCUUUGGGAAAAACGUACCAACGAGGAGCUGAAGAAACUCUACUCCCAGCUGGAGAUUUAUAAGAGGAAGAAGAUGCUGGCCAACAACCCCCAUCUGCAGAAGAAGCGAAGCUCCAAGAAGGGCCUCGGACGCUCCCUGAUGAGACGCAUCACCGAGAUCCCCGAGUCGGUGCACCGCCAGUGCAGCCGUGAGGAAAAGGACGGCGGGGAGCACGGCAGCAAUCGGAACAGCAUCUGCGUCCUGAAGAAAAACCCCUUCGAUCAAAUGCACCCCGUCAAACCGGCCAAGGACGAGACCCUGAAAAACAAGGUGUUCUCCUUGAAGAAGUCACACAGUAGCUACGAUCACGUCCGAGACCCGAGCGAAGACUCGAGCAGCUCGGCGACGGACAAGACGGAGGUGAGUGCCAUGGAAGGCUCCCUGCUGGAUGCCCUAAUGGGCAAAAAACUGGUCAAGAAAAAAUCCCGGGAGAACCUCAACGCUCCCAGCGAGUCCACGGAGUCAGUGCCUCUGGUCUGUAAAUCGGCCAGCGCCCACAACCUGACCGCCGACAAGAAACCCCUCCACCCUCGAGCCUCGAUGCUGCAGAAAUCCCUCAGCGUCAUCGCCACCGCCAAGGAGAAGACGCUGUGCUUGGCCGGAAAAACCCAAAGUGCCGAGGAUGGCCCCAAGAAGGCUCCGCCGAGAAGCAAAGAUGAGAGCGAAUCCAAGAACCUCAGCGCCAAAAGCAGAAACGUCAAACAACCUGCCGUCUCCUCCGAUCCGGUCAAGGGGAAAGACCUUUACGAUGUCUCCGAGGUGUGUCCCUGGGAGGUGGGAGACCUCCCGACACCUUCGGAGAACAAGGUCCAAAAACAUGUGUCGAUAGCGCCGGAAGAAACCACCACGGUACACGGGGGCAACAUCAAGGGAGGCAAAGCCCAAAAGCAGACGCUCUCGGAUCCGAAUUCCUCCGGCAUCAAACAUUCCAAGGAAGCUCAGUGGACCAACACCGCAAGAGCGGAAGUCUGUCCUUGGGAGGCGGGAGGAACCGAGAGCCAAAGCGGUCCGGUUUCCAGUCCAAAUAAGACGGACCGGGAACCUCCGUCCAAAGCGGAAAACACCAAAAGCAACCGGGCCGAGGUUUGUCCUUGGGACUUUGGAGAGCCAACGGCAGAGAUUUUUCCCGCAAAGACUGUGGACACUCCAGGGAGGAACGCAAUCCCAGAUGUCUCUAAGACGGCUAGCUCGCUUAAAGCCGAAGUUUGCCCAUGGGACAAUCCGGCGUCCCCUAGUUCUGAGGGCCUGCCCAGCCCGUCUCGGAGUUCCAAACCCAAGGAAUCCCCGUCAAAAAAGAAGGGAAGUCGAUCCACUCGGACGCUUGAGAAGGACAAAUCAAAAGACGGCCAAGGAGAGAAGAGUCGAACGACGGCCAAGGACAAGAGUAAAUCUCCCGAGAAGCGACAGAAAUUAGCCGAGGUUUGUCCCUGGGACGCCGACGGUCAUCAGGAGGCGGCCGUCGUCGAGAAACGCAAGAGCGCAAACGUCGGGGCGGCCAAAGUCAAGAAGGCUGAGGUUUGUCCGUGGGACUUUGAAGAAGUGUCGGAGAAAAGCGGCUCGGACAAAUCCGCUGUGGCCAGGAAGAGCAAUCCCAAUCCGGCGAAGAAGGCCGACGUUUGUCCCUGGGACUUUGACGACAAGACGGCGUGACGCUCGGCCUAAACGGACCAGUGAUGCCCUCGGAGGGUGGCGGGGUGGCGGGGGCGGUCAUCUGACAUUUGACUCUUCGUAGGUGACUUA